AUGGCUGGUCCCAAUGAUGAGAGCGAUCCUGAAAAGGGUACGCCGAAAACACUUGUUCAAACCAAGGGCGACCAUGCCUCAAAGCGUCGAAUCCGAUAUUUUGACGACCAGGAUGAGAUGCAAGAGAUCGAAUCUUCCCCUGCAAACAAUCAUGGCAAACUCAAAAGAAAGAGUUCGGCCUACUCUACCCACUCUCUGUCCAGCAUCAGGAGUGGCCAACGGGCGGUUGAUCCUGCCUCUGCCCUCCCCGUCAUGUACCGCACUUUGAGUAUGGAUAUGGCACGGCAGGAGAAAUCGAAUGUGAUGAUCAAGAAAUCGGAAAUUGACGACAAGGCUAUGGCAGAGCUAGGAGAACUCGAAUGGCACACUCUAUCCAUCCAAGACGUUACCGAACGACUGGACACAUCGGUCGAAAGUGGUCUCUCAACCCAGGGAGUCAAAGAUAAAACGGUAGAAUUCGGUGCCAACACUCCAACCCCGCCGAAGUCACAAUUGUUUCAGAAAAUCUUCCUCUAUCUCUUUGGAGGCUUUGGCUCCAUCCUCUUUGGUGGAAGCAUUCUUGUCUUUAUCUCAUGGAAACCCCUUGGCGAACCGGCUCCUGCAGUGGCCAACCUAGCCUUGGGUAUUGUCCUAGCCAUUGUGUGGUUAGCUCAAGCCGCGUUCAAUGCCUGGCAAGACUUCUCCUCCUCGAGAGUUAUGAAAAGUAUCACGGGCAUGCUUCCCGAAGACUGCAGUGUUCUUCGCGAUGGGAGCAAGAGAUUGGUCCCCGCAUCUCAAGUGGUUCCUGGAGACAUUCUCUUUUUCAGUGCCGGCAAUAAGUUGCCUGCUGAUAUUCGAUUCGUCAGCGUGUCUACUGAUGCCAAGUUUGACAGAAGCAUCCUCACUGGUGAAUCUGAUCCUCUGUCGGCGGUAACUGAAUCCAUGGAGAGCAACUACCUCGAAACUAAAUGCAUUGGAAUGCAGGGUACUCAUUGCACCUCUGGAAGUGGCCUGGGUAUCGUCGUCGCUACUGGCGACAACACGGUUUUCGGCCAUAUCGCGAAGCUGACAAACAAGCCCAAGUCUGGUCAAACUCCACUACAAAAGGAGAUUUUCAGAUUUGUCCUCAUCAUCGCAACCUUGAUGAUAUUAAUGGUUAUAGUCAUUGUUGCUCUAUGGGCUGGUUUUAUUCGUCACAAGUAUCCCGAUUACAUCUCGGUAUCAACAUUAAUCGUGGAUUGUGUCAGUGUGGCGAUUGCCUUUAUUCCUGAAGGUCUGCCAAUCGCCUUAACAGCGUCACUUACAAUUACUGCGGGAAUCAUGAAGAAGAACAAUAUCCUCUGCAAAUCCCUAAAGACGGUUGAGACCCUGGGCACUGUUUCAGUGCUACUGUCGGAUAAAACAGGGACUCUGACCAAGAAUCAAAUGGCUGUAACGGACUGCCUCAUUGGCUCCAGCGCCUUGACUGCCACAGAAGCCGUUCAAGAAAUUGCAGAUGAGUCGAUUUCGCGCAAAAAGGCUGCUCUUACGCAGCUCCGUGUCACUUCUGCAGUGUGCAAUGCUGGAGAGUUUGAUCCCACAACCAUCCAUCUUCCCAUCUCUGAUAGGAAGAUCAUCGCUGAUGCGACGGAUCAAGCUAUUCUUCGGUUAUCAGAGUCGUUGGGUCCCAUUAAUGACUCUCGCAGUUUAUGGAUCAAACGAUUUGAUCUCGCAUUCAACUCCAAGAACAAAUUUUCCUUGCGCGUCAGCUCUCCCAGCAGCUCCUCUUCACUGGAAUCCACACUCUCUGUUUCUGAAAUCAGCAGCUUUGAUGCUCAAAAGGACUACAUUCUGAUGAUCAAGGGUGCACCGGAUAUUCUCCUCCCUCGAUGCACAAAGUAUGUUGGCGAAGACGGCGAAGUGCACGAUUUCGACAAAGCUGCUCGCACGUCCAUUGAGGCAAUCAAAAACUCAUGGUCAAGCCAAGGUAAACGGGUGUUGGCUCUUGCACGCAAGUCUCUUCCUGGUACCACGAUACAAUUCAAUCCAGAAGAUAAUUCAUUCGAAAAAGAAGCUCUCGAACUCGCGCGUACAGGCCUCACGCUGAUCGGGCUGGUGGGCAUCGUGGACCCCCCACGAGAAGAAGUUCCCGGCGUAAUUGAGACUUUGCACCGUGCUGGUAUUCGUACCGCCAUGGUUACGGGAGAUUUUCAGCUCACGGCUCAAGCGAUUGCUCGCUCUUGUGGUAUCAUCAGCGUUUCGGACCGCGAGGUUCACACCGUUGAUAACCUCCCCCGCGUGCCUCCCAAGAUCGAGCCCAGAAAGAAUCACAAAUCCAACCAUCUCCCAGAUGAAACUAAGGCGAUUGUCUUGACAGGCCAAGAUCUAAUGACGCUGCUUCCGCAUCAAUGGCAUACUUUGGUUACGGAGUAUUCGGAGAUUGUAUUUGCUCGAACCACACCGGAGCAUAAACUCCAAAUUGUACGGGAAUUCCAGUCGCAUUCUUACGUCGUGGCCAUGAUCGGAGAUGGAGUGAAUGACGCUCCAAGUUUGAAGCAAGCGGACAUUGGUAUAUCGCCUGCGUCCGGCUCCGACAUCGCCAUUGAGGCUGCAGACAUGGUCUUGUUAGACACAUUCUCAGCUAUUCCCGAGGCCGUUCUCUAUGGUCGCGUAGUAUUCGACAAUCUCAAGAAAACAAUUGCGUACUUGCUACCGGCUGGCUCCUGGUCCGAAUUUUGGCCAGUCUUUACGAAUGUUGCCUUUGGCCUGCCCCAAAUCUUGUCGUCUUUUCUCAUGAUUAUUAUCUGCUGCUUUACAGAUUGCGCUACCGCAAUAUCCUUGGCUUACGAAAAGCCCGAGGCGAAUCUCAUGCUUCAGCCUCCUCGGGACGUUGUAAAUGACCGCCUCGUCGACUGGAAGCUUCUCCUCCAGGCUUACGGUUUUGUUGGUACUUUUGAGACGGUUCUCUCAUUCACCAUGUCGUACUGGUACCUUCAGCGAAAUGGGCUGACUUUCACAUCGUUGUGGUUCUCAUUUGGCUCAAUCCCAACUCCCGAAGGACAGACCGCUGAUGAUGUUUCCACGCACUUGACAGUCGCAUCUUCCGUCUACUUCAUCACCUUGGUGGUGAUACAGUGGUCUUAUGCAAUGGCACUACGCACGCGCCACCUCUCAAUCUUUACCCAUCCACCACUCUUUAAUCCUGCGACUCAAAACUGGCUCCUUUUCCCUGCUAUCUUGUUUGCACUUGUUAUCGCGUUAAUAUUCACGUUGGUCCCUGAUAUCACUUAUCUUGGCUGUGCCCCAGUUCCGGUUGAGCACUGGUUUAUUCCCAUGACUCUCGGUCUUGGCUUAUUAUGCAUUGAUGAGCUGAGAAAAAUGAUGAAGAGAAGGUAUCCUGAGGGAUUCAUCGGACGAACUGCUUGGUAG